AAAUAGGCUGAGGAUGUGCCGACGUCGGAGUAACGAAAGAAAUUUUGGAAUGGGAGUUCUACAAAUUGUUUAUGUGUUCCUUGCCUGUGCUGUUUUUGUUCAUGGUAACGAAGAUUGUAACUACCAAUUGACCUGCGACGAGUGCAUCAAGGCGAGUGCCAGAUGUAAAUGGUGUGCUGAUGGAGAUUUCGAUGCAGCAAAAUAUCCAGAGGGUCGAUGCUCGAAUGCUUACGAUCAUUGUCCAAGCGACAAGUCGAUUAUAAAUGUUGAGAGCAGCAUGUCCUCCAACGGAGACAAAGUCACCAUCAAUUUGCGAGAUGACGAGUUGUUUCAAUUCAACAUAAGUGUGAAAUCGCAGCCUGACCUUCCAUACCAGAUGUACUUUCUUAUGGAUGCCUCGCGAUCUAUGCUGAGAGCAUUGGACUCAGUGAAAGUGAACUCCAAAGAACUGGCUAAGAAGGUGACGGAGACAUGGAAAAACUCGAUUGUUGGGCUGGGGCUCUUCAAUGACAAGGAGGCAAUCCCGUUUACCUUUGUCAAUUUGACAGCUUCCAAACUGUUUGACAACAUAAACGUAGCGAAUCCCGAAGAUAAAUCAGAGUUCGAGUUCUGGACCCUGGUGAACAGUCUGACGAGCGAUCUCAGCAGCUUCGACGAAGAAGUGGAAAAAAUUCAAGUCAAGAUUCUCUUGGACGUUGAUAAUGACCCAGAAGCACACAUUGAUGUCAUCGCACAGGCCCUUGCUUGCAAGGAUAAUUUGGGCUUUACCUCUCUAUCGGAUACGAGGCACGUCAUUUUCUUGGUCACGGACUCUCCGUUUUGGGUGGCUGGCGACGGGCGAUUUGGAGGAAUCAUCCAGCCUGCUGUGGAUCAAUGUAGGGGAGCUUCUACAACAGAGCAAAGUGCUGGUUCUAUCUUGUACGACUACCCUUCUGUUGGGUUCCUGAAAACGAUGUUGCAAAAGAAAAGGGUGUACUUGGUCACAAGUGUAACCAAUGAUGAAUACGAAUCGGCCACGGCUUUCGUUCGAUCGUACGCCGAGAUCAACAAUCAGGUCUACAAAAGUCUCCAGGCUUCCAUGGGCGGAAUGGCCGAAUACAUUCCAAACCCCUACAACGGAGAUCCCAACGCUGGACAAAACGGAGAAGCACUGAACCCUUUAAAUGUUGACAAGGUGAUGAUGAAGCUCGAUGAAAUCAGCAAAAGAGUAUCUCUGGUAGCUUCUGGCGAUGUUGACAAGUUCCGAAUCAAGACAUUCAUCGAUCACGGAGGCUGUCCGACCCUCGCUGACGAACAGAAGAACAUGCAGGGUGAAGUUGUGGCAUGUAACAAUGUGACGAGAGAUCAUCCUGGAAUUACUGUUCAAAUUCAAAUCAAAGUCAAAGACAAAGUGGAACUUAAUCCGAGCAAGGAGUACACUAUCAAUUUUAAUCUCCCAGGCGUCCAUCCAAAAACCGAGUUGUUGACGGCGACCAUCAAGCAUCUUAAGGCUGAAUGCACAGGUUGUGAAACGAUAGGCGAAAAUACAAUGAAUUCCGGAAACCCGUGUGUGAAUGGAGAUCUGGAAUGCGGUGUUUGUGCUUGCGAACCUUCCUGGCAUGGAUCCAAAUGCGAUUGUCCAGCUGACCAAGGGAAAUCAGACGGGGCAUUUGACGAGGCCUGCAGAGGUAAAAGUAGUUCGUUGAAGGCCUGUAACGGGAAUGGAGUGUGUUACUGUGGCGAGUGUGAGUGCAACGCGAACUCUCUUGGCAACAAGUAUGUUGGCAUCACCUGUGGAUGUGACCCCGAUUCUUGUCCUAAGGGAGACGAGGGAGAAACCUGCUAUGGCCGAGGUUCCUGCUACUGUAAUCCAGAAUCCAAUUCUAUGGCGUGCCGAUGCGACAAGCCUGAUAAAUAUGAUGCUGACCGGAAUUGCAAUUGUGUGAAGAGCUCCGAAUGUCAAGACCCAAAUUUUCCAGACGAAUUGAUUUGCAAUGGCCGCACGAGCGGAGAAUGUAGAUGCAACGGAGACUGCCCGUGCUCAAACGGGUUUUCCGGUCCGUUUUGUGAUAUCUGCGAAACUCAAGAGUGUAGCAACAUUAUGUGCGAGGAAAAGCGAUAUGUAAACGCAGCAAAAUGCGAGUUCAAAGAAUUGAAGGGGGACUCGUGCAAACUUCAGGAUAAGUUCAACUUCACAGAUAUUACCGACUCGGAACAGUCCCCAGACGAUGCUAUAUGGCGAAGGUGCACUAUUUUAAUAAGAACAGAAUGCUCAGCAGAUGUCUACAUCAAUAACAAUGGAAGAAUGUUUGAUGUUUUGUACAACUCUAAUCUGAUGUGCACAGAGGGUACUGCUGCAUGGAUCAUUGUGCUGAUUGUGGUUAUACUGGUGCUUAUAGUCGGACUCCUCCUCAUCAUAGGCUGGAAGGCGUACGUGGUGGUGCAGGAGAAGAAAGAGUACAAGGCGUUCCUCAAGGCGCAAGAAGGUGAGAUGAGAGCUAAAGGGGACAACCCUCUCUACCAAAAGGCAGAGCAGAACAUACAGAACCCUAAUUUCAGAGCUCAAUAGACAACACCAGUCACUACUUGUUACCUGCCACCCUACAGUGGCAGCUAGCACUAUCGAUUGCCCACCCCCACGCCCUAUAUAGUCCCCCCCCCCUCCCCACCCCCCGAACAACAUACACACUUGUUUGGCAAGUGCGGUGCUCAACUGUAAAUUUCAAUCCCUCAUAACCAGAAAGACGGGAAUAUGCCUAUCCCAUUGGUCGCGCCUGACAGCAAAUAAACUGAAAAUUAAAUCCAAUUGAAACUGCUGAAAAUCUUAUUGCUUAUCGCGUUCGAAAACUUUUCUAGCUAAUUGAUUUUUACUUCAUAAUGCUAUCUCUAUCCAUCGAUUAUUUUUCUUCUGUUAAUCAAUAAAUUGAUUCAUUAAUACAUAAAUAGUCUAUCGACUAUAUCUAGAUUUCAUGUUUAUUGCUCACUAUGUGCUCUCGAGAAUGAUAAUUUAAUGGUCAAUUUUCUGGGCUGGACGGAAUCACAAGUAGCAACUGAACAAAAACCAUCCGAGGAGUUUGAAUUAAAACCUAUCUGUUUGCAUCUGAAAUAAAACAUUUUUGUUGCUACUUCUGAUUAAUUGGAUCAGUACUUUAGUUUCUGUUAGUUGGUUUUGUUCCGUUAAAUUAAACGUAAAUUGGCUAAAAAACCAUGAGAUAAUUUUGAACAUAAUUUGAAAGCGUAAUUUUUCAAUUGAAACGAACCAAGUUUGUAGAAACUAAGUUAAAAAAAUAAUAGGAAAAAGUCGUCUUUUUAGCUGAUUUUUAACUCAAUUUGAAAGAAAAACUGACAAGCCUCAGUCGCGCUUAAUUAUAGUGCUCCUUGUUACAUUUAUCUAUCUCACAGAUCAUGAUGAUUUGAGUUUGUUAAAAGUGUUCAAUGUUUGGUUCUAGUUCCGUUCGUUGAGGGUACACAUUUAAGUAUUUGUCAUUCUGUUAAUAGAAAUUGCUCAGAUGUCUUUCUCAAUCUAUUUUUUAUUCUGUUUCUGCCAUCUAAACUUUUUUAAAUUCAAUUAAUAAUUGUAUAAAUUACAAUCAAACUGGUCUUAGAAUAAAAAAACCGCUCUAAGCAUGAAUACGGAGAUCAUUCGUUGUAGUGAAAAAUACCCUGCCUAUUCUUAAGGUGUUUUAAAUAACGACAAAGAAAGGUGUUCGAACUUUUGAUGAUUAUUUUUAGACGCUGCGGCAAGGCAAGGCCUCUACCGCAGCCCUCAAGCGGGCGGCAACAAUGUAAGACCAAAAUACAGGCGAAGAGUGAGGGUGCGCCGAUCUCCCGAUGGGCGGGCGAAUCGGUCUCCUCCUGGUCACGCUACAGGUCCCAGUUCCCCCUCCCCUAGAGAACACAGCAAAUCGCCCAAGCAUAAAUUGCAUAAAACCCAUCACAAAAAAGGACAUAAAUCCCACAGACAUAGAGACCAAAGGUCCCCCCAUCACAGAUAUAAAACACCGUCCACUGACAGUGAAAGUAUCUCCCCCAAUGAGACAGAAAGCACAUCUCCAAAACAUGAUUCUCCCCACAGUAAUCGGGAGCGACGAGCACCUGUUUUUGGGGAGUAUAGUCCGCCCCGUGAAAGGAGACAUGGCUCGCCUCGCGAGAAAAAGCGCCACCGGUCGCCUCAAGAUUGACACCUGUUGAUGUCCAGUUUUAGUUGAUUAGUUUUUAGAGUUAGUUGAAAUUCCGUCUGUCGUUACAUGAAGUGCAAUCUGUUGAGUUAACAUCAGUUGAGUUACAUUACGUUCAUCUAUUCUAUCGUUUUUGACUUUCGUUUUUCUGAGACUCGAUUGUUGCUUUUAGCUGAAAGUAGAAAAGAAGUGAAGAUGGCAUUGGAAGUCGCUCCAAGCAAAGUCAAGAAAUUAAGAACUUGAAUUGAAAAAGUUUGAAACAAUAAGAACAAUUUUCUUCUGUUAGAUCUGUCUUCUGAAUUGUAACGAAAGUAAUUUAAAAUUCGAAGCCGAAAAGGCUCAAGAUGAUAAAAGUUUUUUUUUUCAGUUUGCUAGGUAUAAGUAUGUAAAUUGUUCACUCUUGAGAUGCUGAUUUGGCCUAGAUGCUGAAAAAUGUGUCUAGUCAGCGGAAGGGUGAGGCAUCAAAUCCCGAUGACUGCUUUUAUUUUUACGAAGUUUUUUUAGGAUUCUCGAGGAAUCAUAUGUAAGCAUUUCUCAAUUUACUGCUUCGCCACUGUUCACAGGCUUUUGAAAGUCUUUGAAAAAUUUUUUUAUGCAUGAUUUUUUCUCAGCAACCUUUUUAACGUAUUAGUUUUUUGGUUUAAUGUUAAUGAUCGGUUUGACUUCUGAUUUCUUUUCAAGUUCCGCUCAUUUUCGUUGUUAAAAAGAAGACAAACUCGACUAUCGAAAAGCAUAAGUGUAGAAGUUACAAAAAUUGUGAUAUAAUUCUAGUUAAUCGACAGUAUAGUUCAAUUUUAGAUUUCUUAGUACAAUACUAAAAUUAACAAUUGAUCUGAAUAAAAUUUGCAUGGGAAGUCUAUAAUUUUUAUCUAUGUCAGUCAUGAACUGAUCUUCAAAUUGAAAGAGCUUGAAGCCCUUCUAUAUUUUUGAAAUACGAACGCGAACGACUUCUAGUUUCGAAAGUGAAGUUAAAUUAUUAGACUUCCCAGCGGAAUACUUUUUGUUCCGACUUUCGGUACGAAAGUAACGGAAUAUUUGUGCUUUUGGUGGGUUUUUUUUUUUCUUCAGACAAAUUUCGACUUUUUAACUAGCCAUUUUUGACGGAAUUUUUUAUAUCAUUCAAAAGAUAUUGUUGUCCUGAGCUUAAAUUUGAAAAGAUAUUUCACCUGUGAUCAUUUUUCGUAGAGUUAUGAGGGUUUAAAGAUUGCCAUUUUGAGCAAUUUGGGACAGUUAACGCGCGAUAUAAUUCGCGCUAUUAACGCGUAAGCGGAGAUUUAAUCCAUUUUAUAAAUCGUUCCAAAUUGGUUGAACGAAGCUUAUUUGCCAUGAUUGAUUUGUUACUAGGAACGAAAUCUCUCUUUUUGUACUUUAUAUGGCGUGUGGGGGGAUGAUUUUCCUAAAAAAUUUCAAAUUUUAGAAAAAAAAAAUUUUAUUUUAUUUCAUUUAAAUUUUUUUUGCUAUUACUGCUGCUCCAUAAACCUUAAAAGGCAGUGGGAACAUUCAGGGCUUCGCCCUGAUACGAGCAGUCUUGUUUCCUUUUCAUCUAGUUUUCAAAAAGUGGGUUGAAUAUAGCGAAACUAUGUCAAAAGAAGGCUCUUGAAUUUCAAAGAACUAUAACGUGAUGUAUUUUUUUUCAAAAAUCGAAAGUUGAAUAAAUAACUAUUCAAAAUGUAGUCAGUAUUUUUUUUUCUUUUUUCCUGAGUGAUCGAAACUGUUCCUCCUGUCUGCUGACAAUGUUUUCAUAAAACAUUAAAACAACCAAGAAUGUUUUUUCCUCUUUCCUUGCGUUCAUUGGCGUUUUUUUCAACUGUCUGUUGGCUAUGUUUUUUUCGAAAGUUAUUGUUUGAGCGUCUCAUCGAUCUAGUCAAAAUGGUCAAUUGACGUUCAUAGUUUUGAAAGGAUGUCAUUUAGAAAGAGUAGGCUUAAAUAAUAAAAAGUGUUUGAGCAUAACUUAAACUAUCGGUAGAUCUUUCGUAUGAAAAUCUUCAAAUUUACUCUAUGCGAAAAGUUGAAAGAAUGAACGUCCGUUUGCGGCAUGCGAACUUAGUGAGUCAACAGCGGCGUGCUGUAGCCUUCCAAAUGUGAGAAUUCUAACGUACCAACGUCAACUAAGAAGUGCAAAUAAUGACCCUUAAGUACGACUAUUUGUUUCAAAUUAUAUGCAUGUUCUUUUCAUGAUUGUAUGAGAUAACCGAUAUGUCGACAUAAGAGCCAUGUUUUAGCAUAGUUAGCGUAAGUUAGGGUUUUCUCAUUGUUAAGCAAAUACUGAGAACGAACGGAUGAUAAACGAACGGAGCAGAGAACUUAAACUAUUGCUCCUUGAAAUGUAACGUUAACUAGUAUUGCUAAUUUUGUUCACAAUUUACUGAUAAAAUGCACAUCUGAUGAAGGUCUUGUCUAGACUUGUAGUUUCAUGCGUUGAAACUUAAACUUCCGAAAAAAGUGAAUUUUGUGAUUAUGACUUAUACUGAAAAGUAUUUUGAAAUUCGAUUGAUGCUAAAUUGUCAUGUGUUACAGCAGCUUUGGAUCGGCAAAUGUGCUUCAUUUUGCCUUUCCAUCAAACAAUAUAUUUUUUUCUCAAUUGGUUUCUACGGCACUAUUUAUUGUACAAAUUUCUUUUUUUUACUAUAUUGCUUGCUCUAAUUUUGUAAUACAGAUUGAAUGAAUAAAAUAUUAUCUCUA